UUAUUAAUACGUGAUAUAUAUAUAUAUAUAUACAUAAACUAUGUUUCACGAGUGGGUUAAUGAAAAGAAUAUUAAAUGUUUUGACAUUAACGAAUUUCACAAUGAUAAAGAACUUGGUGACGGGAAUCUUGGAAAGGCUUAUUAUGCAAAUAAAAAUUCGGGGACCAGAUCUUAUAUGUUAAAAUGUGUUAAUACUAAUGAUAUUAUCGUCAAAGAUCUUAUUAAAGAUCUUGAAACAAGACGUAAAUUUAAUGCCCAUAUAAACGUCUUAAAGUUUUAUGGAGUUGUAAAUUUUGAACCAGAAAAUGAACGUUGUUAUUUGGUGAUGGAAUAUGCUGACAGUGGUACCCUUCGCCAAUAUCUGAAAGCAAAAUUUGAAGGAUUAACUUGGGAAGAUAAACACCAUUUAGCGAUUCAAUUAGUUUCCGUCGUAUCAGACUUACAUGAUGAAGAAAUUGUGCAUGGUUAUUUGAAUCCCAACACUAUAUUGGUUCAUCAGAAUACGGUGAAACUAAAGUUUUUUAAUAAGGUGAAUAAAAAAAUCAAAGAAUUUCAACCUGAUUCCUCCAUUUUCCCUUACACGGAUCCCAAGAUGUUUAAAGUAAAUGUAACAUCUCAACUUGAUAAGAAGAGUGAUGUGUAUAGUGUUGGAGUUCUAUUAUGGGAAAUAUCAAGUGGGAAACCACCAUUCGGUGAUGAUUGUUCCGUUGAAUUGGUCAUACAAAUAAUAAGUGGUGUUAGAGAAGAAGUAAUACCUAAUACUCCCACUUAUUACUCUGAACUUUAUACCGAAUGUUGGGACGAUGAACCAGAUAAACGACCUUCCAUGAGUGACGUUGCUAAACGAAUUUUGAUGGGUGGGCGACAGAGCUAAUUAAUAGAAUUAUAACCUUUUAAUAAUGCUUUAGAUGAUAUAUUGUGAUGUAUAUAUAAUGUACAGUUAAAUUUAAUAAAUAAAAAUCAAAU